AUGGCUGUGAUUUUAUCCAAGAAAGCUGAAUUUUGCUCAGAUUGUACGGUUGAGUUCUGGGUGUGUUGCGGUGUAGUUUAUGCUGCCGCUUGGAGGUUUCAAGUGCCCCUUCCUGAGAAUCCGCCAUGGUGGAAGGCAUUUGAUGCUGAGAAAUCAGGGAUUGACGAAGUUUGUAGGGUGCUGGCUCAUCUGUACAGCCUUCCUAAAGCAAAGUACGUACCAGUCUGUAAGGAUGGAGAUUCUUUUACAUUUUCUAACAAGUCAUGUAAUUCACAGCCUCGGCCAAUUCCAAAGGCUGCAGCAGAAGUCAAUCCUGAAUCUGGUGGAUCAAAGGGUGUGUUGGCCAAGCUAGCCAUUGAUAAGCUGAAGGACUCUAAAGAGAGUGAUGAAAGUAUGCCUAUCGAGGGAGAGGCAAUAGAAGAUUUCAGUAUCAAAUCCAAGUCUGAACGCAAAAUGGAAUCUAGUGGCAAUAAAAGCAGGGACAGGGACAGGGAGAGAGAUAAGGAGAGGGAAAGGGAGAGAGACAGAGACAGAGACAGAGACAGAGACAGGGAUAGAAUGAAAGUCCGGGGGGCAGGGAUUCUGACCGGGAAUGAGAUCGAGAAGAGGCUGAGAGGGACAGAACCAAGGACCGAGGUUAUCGUUCAAAGGAUAGAGCAAAAGAUUCAGGGGGCAUUUGGAGAAAUCAAGACAUCAGUCGUCCCGAGGUAUGCUUAUUCAAGAAUAAUCGCGACUAUCACAAUUCCUCCUACUCUUCACGGGAAAAGGAUCGCCAUAGACAUCAUUCUUACGCUUGAACUGAUCAUCAAGUUCAUGACAUCUCUCUUUUUCUCCUAA